GACAUCACCUCUGACUGAUAGAUUUUGCCUUCAGGAGCGAGCCAAAAUCUUGACAGUGCUACAAUGAUUCUGUCUCUGCUUGUCGCCAUCCUGCUUGUUUUUGUCAUCAUCAUUGCUAUCGUUGCUUCCUAUUUGCUGUACAUGUCCAGUCGUCAUGGGGAGUUGCAGAAGCUUGGAUUUGUUGGACCAAAACCCAGACUAUUUACGGGAACUCAGUUGGGAAAUGUAUUUGAAAAUCAAUGUGAGAUCUACCAGGCUUACAAACCUCACAAGGUAUGUGCUGUGUACACUCUGAGAUUUCCAGGCAUUAUGAUUACAUCUCUGGAUGUGGCCAAAGAUGUGCUAGGGAAAUAUUUCAACUACUUCUCUGAUCACCGCCAUCUCCCAGACACUGGCUGUUGUUUGGAUGAGUCUCUCCUUGUUUUGAAAGGAGAGCGUUGGAAGCAUGUGAGAAAGACUGUCAGCCCAUUUUUCAGCACAACCAAGCUAAGGUACAUGUGUGGGUUGUUGGAGAAAAAAUCUCAGAGUUUGAUGGAAGUUCUAAUGGAAAAACAGGAAAGCGGAGAGGCUGUUGAGACGAAAACCCUCAUGUCUGCCUUCACGAUGGAUGCUAUUGCUAGCACAGCAUUUGGUGCUGAUAUUAACUCCACCAGAGACCCUGAAAACGAGUUUGUCAAAAAUGCCAAAAAAUUAACAGAUCAGUUUUUCAGGUUUUUUUCUCUUGUGUUCCUUUUUCCUUUUCUUGGUCACCUCCAGAAGGCUGUGAAAUUUUCCUUCGUAAACAAAGAUUUGAUUAAUUUCUUUGUAAACUUUGUGGGCAGGGCUUUGGAACUGAGACAAAGUGAAGUGCAGGAAAGGAAGAGACAGGAUUUUAUACAAGUGAUACUGGAUGCUGAAAAGGAGAAUACGGUCAAGGAUAAUGAAGAGAAACAGAAGUCUGGCUUGUCCGUUGCUGAAGUGCAGGGCGCAGCAUUAAUCUUCCUCCUGGGUGGCUACGAAACUGUGUCCACAACUCUCUCUUUUACCUUGUUCCAAAUAGCCAUGAAUCCAGAAGUCCUGAAAAAGGUUCAAAAAGAGCUUGACCAGAAGUUGAACGGAAAUUUUCCCAACUACACUAAUAUCCAGAGCCUUACCUACUUGGAUAUGUGCAUCAGUGAGACCCUGCGGAUGUACCCACCAGGUUACCUGCUAGAAAGACAAUGUUUGGAGACAGUGGAUAUACAAGGGAUCACUUUUCCCAAAGGCUAUGCUGUUAUUGUGCCUGUUUGGGCAAUGCACCAUGACCCUGACAUUUGGCCAAUGCCCGAAAAGUUUGACCCAGAGAGGUUCACACCGGAGAACAAAGCAUCGCUACAUCCCUGCGCUUACCUGCCCUUUGGUAUGGGACCGAGGAAUUGCAUAGGUAUGAGACUUGCUCAACUGGAGAUAAAGAUAGCUCUGGCGGCCAUCCUGCAGAGACUUACACCAGUCUCGUGUGACAAGUCUGUGUACCCGAUCGAAGUGCACAAGUACAAGAUGUUUGCUGAGCAAGGACUAUGGCUUAAGUUUGAAAAGAGAACAUGAAAUCGUGUUCAUUAAGACUGCAUUUAAAGGAUAACAUUCUACUUUCUUUUUAAAACCAUGUCUCACAAUCUCACUCUCAAUGUGUUUGUUUUUAAUUUUUAAUGAAUUCACCAUGAAACAAAAUCAAUGAAUUUUUGCUGUGAAAGAAUACUGGAAACUUUAACAUGAGUAUCAUGUAUAAUUAUAAAUGUUUGUAGUUUUUAACCUUAGGGUAUUAGAUUCAUCUGGAAUCAGUCUUUUAAACAGUGGUUUUAGAUCAACUCUAAAUGUCAUAAAAAAUUGAUUUGCCACAAUUAGUACACGAAUUUCUCCUUUUCUAGUCAUUAAUUUUCAAGUGUACCGUGUAAGUCAGCACUUUCAGUUAAAUUAUUUUGUAUAAAAAAGAUACAAGAAUUAAAACAUAAAGGGUAACUGUUCCUUGGGGGGGGGGGGUGCCUUCUGAAAAAAUGCGACAGUUGUAGCAUUUGUGAUAUUGUCCUCUUAAUCUUAAUUUAUUUACUCAGUCAGAUUUGUGUUUUUAUAAUUACGCGUGAUU